CGACUACCUGCCCACCGUCACGUUGAUGCCCAUAACUCUGACUUGGUAAGAAAGGGACGAGCCGAAUUUUUCGUACCGUUUCGGCUACGAAUAUCGCCGUUUACAUCCUGCCCACAAUCAUGAUCAUGGAUGAACAACUCCGGCAGAUUGCACCGAGCGAAGACUUUGAUCCAAUGGCGGCUUUACUCGGGAUGAAUGUCACUGUAAGAAGGGAACUGUAUCAAGAGCGUGCAAGAAUCAACGAAAUGGUUGUUAUUCAGCACACUGAGGAUAUCGAGUCUCUCAAAAAGCAGAUUGAAGAGAAGAACAAAGAAAUCGAUGAGCUACGUAAAUCAAUGGACGGUCUGGUGGAGCAGAAUCAAGAGUUAAGCGUGGCGCUUAAGUCUAGGAACGAGGAGAUUAAAGCCCUCAAGGCGAGAAUCGGUCGACUCGAGACUGAUAAAAAGGACUUGGAAGACGAGCUGAAGUCUGUUACAGUCAAAGUUAGCCGAAUGGAAAAGGAUAUCAGAGAACUGAACGAAGCAAAGAUCGCCCAAGAAGAGAAAAACAUGGAAUUACAAGAAAAUUUUGACAAGGUCACGGGCAAGCUAGAGAGUAGAAACCAAGUAUUGAAGAAAGAGAUAAAGGAGAUUCGAGAAUCACAACACAAGGAGGCGCUGCCGCCAUCAAUAGUAACCCCAAGAGCAGGAGGACGUCAAAUGCUUACUCCUCCAUUACCAAGGCACCUUCAGAGAGCCGAUUGGGAACUGCAUGCCUCGCUUACUUUGGGAGAGCUGUGCCGACAGUUCCAGAACAAGUUGUAUAAGAUAAUAUUCCCAAAUUCGUUUCUGUCAAACAGGAAUUACAAGAUGAAGAAUAUUUGGCGCGAUUUGGAUAGACUGCCUCAACUGGAAGAGGAAAAGCAGCGAUCAAGGAAAAAGUGGGACGAAGUAAAGCAAAAGUUGAAAUGGGAUGAAUGUUACGAAGAUGCCAUGAAAGCACUCCAGGAAAGCCGAAAUUUGGAUGCCCAUCCAGCCCCCUUAACGGAGGAAGGUCUUGCAAGAGCCGCAGAAGUCAUGGAGUCCAAAGGUAACCUGAAAGGUUGGCUGUCUUUGAAACGAGUGAAUGAGUUGAUAACUAUGUGGAAAAACGUUCAGACAAUGGAGAUUAUGGUGUCUACACCUUUUCCUUACUCUUUUGAUAACAUAGGAACUGUUUGCAAGUUUUGGACACCACAUGACGGAAUUUCACGAGUGAAACGGAAUUUUCGCAGAACCUUUCGCCAAGGUACACAACCAAAACAUUACGUCUUACCCGCAGCCAUGAUUAUGGACGACCAACUUCGACAACUUGCGGGUGAAGAUUUUGAUCCAAGAUCGAUCGGAUUUCCCAUAGGAAUUACUUUUACGAGAGAAGUACAUCAUCAAGAGGGAGCAAGAAUAAGCGAGGCCGUAAUUAGUCAUGGCGAAGACAUCGAAUCUCUCAAAAAGCAAAUCGAUGAAAAGGACAAAAAAAUCGAAGAACUAAACGAAGCCGUGGAAAAUUUGCAGGAGCAGAACCAAGAGUUAACUGUGGCGCUCAAGACCAGAAACGAAGAGAUCCAAGCCCUUAAAGCGAGAAUUAAGAGACUCGAGAGCGACAAGAAAGGAUUAGAGGACGAGCUGAAGUCUCUCACAGUCAAAGUCGGUCGAAUGGAGAAGGAUAUCGAGGAACUGAACGAAGCAAAAAUGGCCCAGCAAGAGAAAAACAUGGAAUUACAAGAAAAUUUCGACAAGGUCACGGGCAGGAUGGAGAGUAGAAACCAAUUAAUGAAGAAAGAGAUAAAGGAGAUUCGAGAAUCACAACACAAGGAGUCGCUGCCGCCAUCAGUUGCAACCCAAAGGGCAGGAGGACGUCAAAUGCUUACUUCUCCAUUACCAAGGCACCUUCAGAGAGCCGAUUGGGAACUGCAUGCCUCGCUUACUUUGGGGGAGCUGUGUCGACAAUUCCAGAACAAGUUGUAUAAGAUAAUAUUCCCGAAUUCGUUCCAGUCAAACAGAAACUACAAGAUGAAGAAUAUUAGGCGCGAUUUGGAAAAACUGCCUCAGUUGGAGGAGGAAAAGCAGCGAUCAAAGAAAAAGUGGGACGAGGUGCAAGAAAAGUUGAAAUGGGAUGAAUGCUACGAAGAUGCCAUGAAAGCACUCCAGGAAAGCCGAAAUGUGGAUGCCCAUCCAACCCCUUUAUCGGAGGAAGGCCUUACAGCAGCCGCAAAACUCAUGGAUUCCAAAGGUAACCUGAAAGGUUGGCUGUCUUUGAAACGAGUGAAUGAGUUGAUAACUAUGUGGAAAAACGUUCAGACAAUGGAGUGAGUCAUGUGUUUGUGCUUUAUUGGUAUCGCUGAAAUAGUUUUAAAUUCAAAUUUAGCGGCUACUUUAUUACAAAGAAAGGAUAAUAGAAACAUGUGUCUUUAAUCCUAGUUAAUGUCCAUAGGAUUGAGCUUCACCUAAAAGGAACUGUGCUUCACAAGCUGAUAUACAGAGACUAAGAUUUACAACGUCAUGACGUAAAUGUAAGGUCGCAAACAAUAUGUUUGUUUGAGGAUUAUAUCAAAAAAAUUUGAAUCGAAAUGCUCAUAAGAGAAUAAAACAGUUGCUUUAUUAGGGUUAAAAUGCGAAACCAGUUUGCCUCGCUCGUUGACAGAAUGGCUAUUGCAGUUAUACCGUGGCUUGCAUCAGAGCUUAGGUCACAUGUUCGCCGUAUGAUGCGCGGAGAAAAGGUGAAGAAUUAUGUAAAAUUUCACUGUAUUUACCUAAUGCUGAGCCUCGUCUGUAAAGCAGCCAUUCUACUUCUUCUGUUGAUAAUAUUAAAUACAGAUUCAAACACUCAUGGUAGACUUCCGUUUGCCGGCAGACAGACAUAACUCUGUUCUAGGGGUAUUUCAACUUUUACUUUCUUUCAAGUAUUCUACUAUUUCAGGAUUGAGAAAGGAAAAGCCAUGUCAGCUCAAAAUCACAAUUUCCGUGAGAUCAAUUAAUCCGCUAUACACGGGAAUUCACCGAAGUAAACGACAAAACUGACCUGAAACCACAUUCAUAGCUUUCAUCCAUCGUCGUUCUCUCGGAUCGCGCACAAAGAACUCACAUCGGUAAAGAAAAACAUACAUAUGCAAAUUAUAAAAUUAAUGACAUCUUUUCCUCACU